AUGUCAUACUACUUUACUAUCAUCGGCACGAGAGACAACCCUCUCUUUGAACAUGAGUUCGGCACUUCCAAGGCUGGUGGAGACGGCAUUGCCCGCUUUCGUGAUGAGGCCAGACACAUGAACCAAUUCAUCGUCCACAGCAGUCUCGACAUCGUCGAAGAAGUCCAAUGGGGAAACAAUGGACUUGCCCAAACAGAGGAAGCUGUCAGGCAAUUUAUGACCGAUGUAUACGAAGCUUGGAUCAAAUGCAUCAUGAAUCCAUUCUAUGUCGUCAACGCUCCUGUUACCAGUCCGGUUUUCAGGGGCCGUGUGGCAGCUGCUGCAAAGAAAUAUCUCUGA